AUGAAGACCACCAUCUUUUCACCUAAUCACGUUCCUGUGAGAUCUCUUUGCCAAGAAUUACCAGGCACAGCAACAGAGGGAUACUCUCCAAUAUACAGAAAUAAUCACUGCUUCUUUGAAAAUGGCGGUGAAUUUAUUUCAACUUUCAGAUGUUGUCCACAUGUCGAAACAAUGCCCGAUCUGAUCAAAACAUCAGCUGGAAAAUGGCCAGAUGAGCCUGCUGUUGGUGAACGUGCUAAAAAUCCAGACGGCACAAUGGGUGAAUACAAAUGGCUCCCAUAUCGCGAUUUUUAUCAACAAGUUCUCGCUUUUGGCCGCGGUUUAUUAGAGAUGGGCCUCAAGAGAGGUGACCACAUUGGUAUUUAUUCAUCCAAUUCCAUCUGGUGGGAAACAAUUAAUUUUGGUGCCGGAUCUGUUGGUAUUUGCAUUGUUCCAAUUUACGAUUCAUUAGGUCCUACAGCAGCCGAGUUCAUUAUUGAGGAUGCUGGCUGCUCAGUUAUUUUUACAUCUGAAUAUAAACUUCCACAAUCCAUUGAAAUUUCCCACAAAACAGGAAUCGUCAAGAAGAUCGUUCAGAUGUCCGACAAGGUUCCAGGGCAGUCACUUCCAAAUGUCGAAUUUGACUCCUGCCAGCAUGUUUUGGAAAUGGGUCGCAAUUCUACACAAAAGAACGAAUUCUCACUCCCAGAUGACGAUGCCAUCAUCAUGUACACAAGUGGUUCAACAGGAACCCCAAAGGGUUGCCCACUUACACAGAAGAACAUCAUUGCUGGCGCUGCUUCAUUCGUUCAGCUUGGUGUUGGUGUUACUCCUGACGACUGCUACCUCUCCUUCCUUCCUCUCGCCCACAUUUACGCCGUUGUUUGCGAAUUGAUCGGUUUUGCUCAUGGUGCUCAUAUUGGCUAUACAAGAGGUGUUGUUAAGUAUCUCGUAGAAGAUAUCCAGAUGCUUAAGCCAACAGCCAUGAUCGUUGUUCCACGUUUACUCAACAGAAUUUCAGAGGGAAUGAAAUCCCAAAUUGAAAAGAAGCCAAAGUGGCUCCAAUACAUCAUCAACAAAGCAAUCGAUUACAAGGCUAACCAGAUCCUCAAUGGAAAACCAACAUCUUGGAUUCUCGACCGUCUUAUUUUCGAUAAUUUCAGACAAGCUCUUGGUGGCAAGCUACGUCUUGUUGUCAAUGGCGGUGCCCCAAUCAUGGAUAACGUAGCCAGAUUCUGCGCUGCCGCUCUUACACCGAAUAUCAUCCAAGGAUAUGGUCUUACAGAAACAGCUGCUGGGGUUCUUGUCCAGGAAGUUCCUCUCUGGGACACAAAGUCCGUUGGCGCAUGUGGUUUGGCCUGUGAAAUCAAACUCAAUGCGGUUCCAGGAACAAAUUACGACGCCAAAGGCAAGAAUCCAACCGGCGAAAUUCUUGUUCGCGGUCCAAAUAUCUUCAAGGGCUACUACAAGCGUCCAGAUCUUACAAAGGAAGCCUUCGAUGAAGAUGGCUGGUUCAUGACAGGCGAUGUUGCCACUCUUAACGACGACAUGCACAUGACAAUUAUCGACAGAAUCAAGAAUCUCGUCAAGCUUUGCCAGGGCGAAUACAUUUCUUUGACAUCUCUCAACGAAAUUUACGCUUUCUGCGAAAAGACAUUAUUCGUUUUCGUCUACGCCGAUCCACAACACGAUUUCCCAGUUGCUCUUUGUGUUCCAAAGAAGGAAGUCGUAGAUGAAUGGAAGGCCAAAGGAAUCAACGAUGUUGUCAACAGCAAGGAAUGCAAGGAUGAGCUCAUCAAGGCACUCGAAGAUGUUAAGGACAAAUACCACCUUAGAGGUUUCGAAAGAAUCCAACGAGUUUUGAUCGACCUCGAAGAGCCAACAAUUGAAAAUGGCCUACUCACACCAUCAAUGAAGCCUCAAUACGCUGCAUUGAAGGCGAAAUACGAGCAAAAGUUAAUUGCUCUCUAUAAUGAAUAA